UUUGCAGCCUCCGUCGCGAAAAUGGCAACGUUGAAAGAGAUUCUCACGAGGCGCCCGGUGGCGGCGACAAUCCGCCUGACGGUGCCGGCGGGAGGGGCGAAGCCCGCGCCGCCGGUAGGUCCUGCCUUGGGUCAGUACAGGCUGAAUCUGAUGGCGUUCUGCAAGGACUUCAACGCCCGAACCCAGAAAUACAAACCUGAGACUCCUAUGGCCGUCACCAUAACCGCCUUUACGGACAAUACCUUCGAGUUCAUUGUGAAGUCUCCCUCUGUUACGUGGUACUUGAAGAAGGCGGCGGGGAUCGAGUCCGGCAGUAGCCGCCCCGGUCACGUAGCCGCCUCUACAAUCACUCUGAAGCACGUGUACGAGAUAGCCAAGAUCAAGCAGGCCGAUCCUUACUGCCAGUACAUGUCGCUCGAGUCCAUUUCGAAGUCCAUCAUUGGGACUGCCAAUUCCAUGGGAAUUAAAGUUCAGAAGGAGCUCGAUUAGGUUAGGGUCAAUGUUAUGGACACAUUAAGCAGGCUCAGCCAUGAUGCAGACACAGAAGU